ACCGCGUGCUGAUGAUGCAGUCCAGCUGCCAUUGCAACGGCUUCCAACGGCAAAACACCACCUCAUUACUUCAACACACGGGUACCGCCGCUAUCGUUUCUUAUCAAGACAAAGCCCCAAAGGAGAUAAAGAAAAAGAAUAUAAGAAAAAAAAAGGCCGAGCUUAACCUUAAGGAGUGUGUCACAACCGCGGUUUGGAAAAAAGAAAUCAGCUCAGUGACACGCAUACAACCUGCCAAAGACUCUUUUGCAGCACUCCGCAAAAAGUCACAGUUGCAACACAACUCUUCUCGGAUACGCCGACGAACCCGCACCGGAAAGACAGCAGUGCACACACGUCUUUGCUUUCCUUUCCCCCCAUCAGUUUCUCGUGAAGCUCGAGGGUGACGCCAGAAGUUUAGUAGGAAGGGAAAACCAGAGACAAAAAAUCCCUAACCAACACGCGAAAUCACGUUACUCCAAUCACACCCUGCCCAUAAAGUUCCCGGUCUAGCUUUGCCAGCCUUUGCAGGUACCUUGUUUUCGGUAACCUACCAAACCACAGGAAUUGAAUCGCGGCAAGGAUUCUUAAGAGCUUGCAUCGUCUUUGUUUUUCGCCAGCUAGCAUCAGCUACAAGAAAAGGGGGCCAUAAAAAAUCGGGGCGAAUAGGUGCCAUUGCCUGAGAGCUUUUCUUUUGAACCUCCUUAUCGACAAGAAAGUUCCAAUUGGGGGGAAAGUUAUACGGCACUAAAAGGUACCCUUGGUGCUAGGGGGAGGAGUCAUGGAGGUCGCCCCUGUCACGAUCCCGGCGCAUGAUGCGAUCGCUGGUCGCAAGCGCAAAGCCGACGCUCAAGACACCCACAACGAACGGCUAUCAAAGAGGCUUAGUCUCUUGAACUUGGAGAAAAAUGGUACCAAAAUGUACGUCACCGUCGAGAAUCCGGCAGCUAGACCGGACCGCACCGCCCCGCCGCCCACAGCAACCACCUUGACAAUGCCCACUUCAUCAUCAACACCAGCAGCACAACCGCCAGCCGACACGCCGAUGCAACUAGACGACGAUAAGUACAAGGUAUACAUCUAUAACAUCGACGACGAGCUCUCGUCAGACAGCGAACCAGAGACCGACCAGUCGUCCUCGGGCCGGCUCAUCUUCCUCCCAGACGUCGAGAAGCACCUGCUCCGGACCCGCAUCCCCCCAGUUCCGCGCCCCAUUCUACCCAACGCGGACGGUGAGCUCGCCGGCAAGCAGCUGGUCCUCUACUCGGUCCCAUCGUCUCUGUCCGUGCCCGAGGACCAGGACAGCGUGCGCAGGGCCAUCCUCGACGCACGCGCCAGGUCCAGGGCCCGGGCCGCCGUCGCGCAGCCGCAUCCCGGGCCUGUCGGUGGCGUCGACGGUCGCUCCGCAGUCGGAGCUGCCGCUGCCAUGCCGCCGCGGUUGCCCAGUAUUGCCGAGGGGGAGAUUUUGCCCCCGGAUCAGAUUCUGUCGCCCGCGGCGGGCAUUAAUGUGAAACCCUGUGUCCACCGUUUAGGUAUCCCAGCCUCCGCGGGACCAACCGAGCCGUUGCUGCAGGCGGGCGGGGUGCACGGUAUCUUCCCGUUAGGGAGCGGUGAGGCCGGCAUCGGCACAGUAUUACCAUCAGUGGAUGGCGAUCCUGAUGCGAUGGAGCUUGACUGAGUGUUCGUUUCUGUACUUGUACAUAUAUAGUGAGUAGAUUGAAGUUGAGUGUACACGAGUAAUAUUCAGAAAGACUUGGAUAUUGAAAAAAUGUCCGGACCCUUGCGCGAUGUAGUGUUGAUGGUCAUGAUGGGAAUAUAGUCAAA